GGCGGGGGCGGCGCAGCGGCGGCCGCGGCAUGCGCGGAAGAUGGCGGCGGGCAGGCGCGCCCCGCGCAGCGGGCUGCUGGAGCUGCGCGGCCCCGGCGGGCAGUGGCUCCGCGUCCUGCUCACCCUUGCCGAGGACGUGCUGGCCGUGAGCCCCGCCGCCGGCCCCGGCCCCGGCGAGGCGCCGCCGGCGCAGCUCAACGGCGGCGAGCCCGGCUCCGCCGUGCCCGAGGCGCUGGCCAACAUCAGGCGCACGGUGCGCGUCGUCAAGCAGGACGUGGGGGGGCUCGGCAUCAGCAUCAAAGGUGGCCGAGAGAAUAAAAUGCCCAUCUUGAUAUCCAAGAUAUUUAAGGGGCUGGCAGCAGAUCAGACAGAGGCACUGUACGUGGGAGACGCCAUCCUCUCCGUUAACGGGACUGACCUUUCGGAGGCAACACACGAUGAGGCAGUGCAGGCUCUGAAGAAGACUGGCAAGGAGGUGGUCUUGGAAGUGAAGUACAUGAAGGAGAUCUCGCCGUACUUCAAGAACUCCUCCUCCGGGGCCACCGUCAGCUGGGACCCCUCUCCCACUGCCUCCCUCCAGAAACAAGCUUCUCCCAUCCUCUCCCUGCGAGACCUCAAGGAAGGGAAGAACCUACCUUUAAAAAUGUGCUACGUGUCACGCAAGUGUCUCCCGAGCGACCCAGAGCACAGGUCUCCGGUGACCCUCUGCAGAUACCUGGAAGUGUGCUCAGCGGACGGGCGCGUCCCCCUCUUCCUGCGGGCGAAGGAUGAAGUGACGGCACAGUCGUGGUUCAAUGCCAUCCAGGCCAACGCCAACGCCCUGCUCCCCAGGGUCAAGGAGGAGCUGCGAGCCCAGCUGGCCGGCGCCGGCGUCGCAGCGAGUAAGGACAUCAAGCAUGUCGGCUGGCUCACGGAGCAGCUCCCCAGCGACGGGACGAGGAACGUCUUGGCCAUCCUGACCGAAAAGGAUCUCCUCUUCUACAACAGCCUCCCGCAGAACAGGGACGCUCUGAACAAGCCGACGCACAACUACCCCCUCAUAGCCACCAGGCUGGUGCACUCGGGCCCCGCCAAGGGCUCGCCGCUGUACGACGCCGAGCUCUCCUUCGCCCUGCGCACCGGCACCCGCCUGGGCGUGCAGACCCACCUCUUCAGCCUGGAGACCCACCGCGACCUGGCCACGUGGACGCGGAUGCUGGUGGACGGCACCCACAGCGCGGCCGAGCUCGUCCAAGAGGUCUCCACAGCAUGCACAUGGAAUGGGCAGGACUGCACCCUGUCCAUCCACAUUGACAAAGGCUUUACCAUCUUCACCACUGAGCCUGGGCUCAGCAAGACAAUCCUGCUGCAGCAGCCCUUUGAGAAGCUGCAGAUGUCCUCUGAUGAUGGCACCAAGAUGCUCUACUUGGACUUUGGUGGCCCGGAGGGAGAGAUUCAAUUGGACCUUCACUCCUGCCCCAAAACCAUUGUCUUCAUCAUCCACUCAUUCCUCUCGGCCAAAGUGACCCGGCUUGGGCUGCUGGCGUGAAGACAGAGGAAAGAGCCAGGCAGAGCAGUACUCAACACCUCCAUGAGAUCUAUGCACCUACAACUCCCUCCAGGCCAAACCAAACCAAAAGCCAUCCAGAUGAGAUAAGAACCCCCUGGUCAUGCCACAACAGCCAAGGAAAAACACUAGCCGUCCAGAAAAAAAAGCACUGCUAGGGCAUCUUCUGGGCAGCUGUAGUCAGAAGCCACUCUUGGACGCAGCACCAGGACUUCUCUGGUCCCACGUUCAGCAGCUGCUCUGUCCCCUCCCGCUUCCAGCACCAUCUCUCAUCAGAAGCUUUAAAAGUGCCCAGUGGAGAGCCCACCUUGACCGGCCAUGCGAUCACUCUAGUGCCUUGUGAGAUGAUAUUUUCUGUACAAAGAAUCUGUUUGUAUUGAUGUUUUAUAUUUAUAUAGCCCAGUUAAAGAUGCUGAUGUGGCCGCUUCCGUCCCCCUGUUUUAAGCGCCAGGAGAGUCCUCGAAUGCUGUAAAGAGAGCAAAUGUGUCUAUCCCUCCAGACACGCCUUUUAGAAAUGCAACGGCUGGAGACCUGAGCCAAAUCCAUACUGCUUGAGAGAUGGGAACUCCAGAGGAGCGCUCCAUUUGCCAAGCUAUUCAGUAUUGUAGCUGAUGAUAGGAACCAUUUUUCUUUGAUAAAUUUGGAUGGUUCUCUUUCUUUUGAUAACUCCAGGAUCCAACCAGGAUCAUUUUACUUCUUGGUUUGUGGGGGGAGGGUUGUCAGGUGGCUGGUGGGAAACAACUUGUUUUAUGAACCAAAAGAUUCCGCAUGAAAAUUACUAUUUUUUUGGGUGAAAUAAACAUUGCAGAUCACAAACA